AUGGCACCCACUCGAGGAAAUAACCGUCGUGGCCAACGCGCCCGGGACGCUGAACGCGAUGCUGCAACCGAGAACCAUGGCCCGCUCAGCAGCGAAUUGUUCCUGGAGCCCAUGAUGGGCACGCCCCUGUCUUUGUACAUCGAGAAAGACGUUCAGGACAGGGAUGAGCUCGUGGAACUGAUCGUGGCUAACGGUGGCAUUGUCUCUCAGAGUUAUAGUGGUGUGCCGUACAUCCUUGUUGAUCCGCAUAAGGAAUCGGGUCAGAAUCUAUAUCGUCAAUAUGCCGGAAAGAAAGGCAAGAUGGUACUCGAUUCUCGGUGGGUCAGAGAGUGCGUCAAGGCUGGGGCCCUUCAAACCUACCAAACGAACUUUGCGGGAUGCAAAGUGACCGGCACCGAGCAGGUGGGUCAGUCAAUGCAACCGCUUGCCUCUACGUCAACGCCGAAUACUACUCCCCGACGCACGACGCGACAGCAGGCCCAAGAGGCCCAGGCUCACGAGAUGGCCAUGCAGACGAACCAAGUCGCCCAAGUGCCACAACCGCCUCCACACAUCAUGGCACCUCAGCCUGUGCCGGUGGACGGUAUGGUCCACCCUCAGACCGCAUUCUCUUACCCGUAUCCCGUUAUGCACCCGCAUCCGGGCGCUAUGCAUCCUGCAACCGCCGCUCCGCCUCAGUCAUGGCAAGCGGCCAACGGGAUUGCUCCCCAGCAGACUCAUAUCGCACCGGCUCCUCCAAUGAUGGCUGGUCAGACACAUGAGUACGACCAGAGACGGUGGGACGAGUAUCAUCGGCAUAUACAGCCUGCCCCAAUGAUGGGCGCUCCCCAGCCGACGUAUGACUACAGAUAUAGGGAUGACCAGGCACAGGCAUGGGUGAACGGCGUCGCCAACACGAACGAAUAUUACCAGCAGCCACAAUACGAGCAGACUUACGAACAGCCGCAAGCAUAUAUGGAAGAUCCAGGUCCAUCCACGUCCACUGAUGCGAUAAUGACAGACGAUACAGAGAGAACCAGAGGUCGCAAGAAAUCCCGCCCUCCACACGCAAUGCCAGCCCCCCCAGCAUCUUCGUUGGUGGCGAAGCCUCGCAAUCCUCCAGCACGGUCGCCAACUCCCCCUACGCGUGUGAUCAAGAGCACGUAUGGAGGGAACUUAUUCACUGGCGACGACAUCGAAUAUCUCAAGAAGUAUAUCGACUACUGCCAAGCUCAAGGGCUUGUCUUGAGUCUCCGAGAGAUAUGUGAGCGUGUUGCAGUUAAGGCACCGCAUCAUACAUUUUAUUCGUGGCGCCGCUAUUGCAACAAGCAUCAAAUUCGGCUUGGUGGUUAUGUCAUGGAUGUCGACCGGUCCCCUUCACCUGGUCAAGAAGGGGAAGAAGAACCUGUGAUGGAAGAGGCUACGCGCCAUGGUGUCGGUGCUGCUGCAAUCAGGACCGCACGUCAACGAGCUCAAGCCGAAGCUCUUGUCCCGCGAAACCGUUCGCCUACUCCUCCGAGGUCCCUGUACAGGAGCACUACGGGGAAGGGCGUGGCUUUCACAGAAGAGGAUGUGAGCUUCCUUGUCCGUUUCUUGGCAUACCGCAAAGCUCAAGGCAGGCUUGACAUGGUGGCAUUCUGGAAGGACGUCGCUGCGAAGGUAAGUCUUCAUGCUCCCCAUCAUUCGCGAGCAUCCUGGAUGAAAUUCUGGCGACGGCAUAAACAUGAACUUGAGUACGCGGAGGGCCAGGGUCCCGAGGAGGAUCCGUUGCCGGUACCUCCUGAGAAGAAGAUGCGGUACAGCAAGGAGGACGACGUGCUGCUCGCCCAGUAUUUUGCCAAUAAACCUGAAGGAACGUCUGAUAAGGUCUUCCAACACUUUGCCAAAUUGCACCCUCAUCAUCCUUGGAAGGGCUGGCAGGAGCAUCACCGGAUACAUAAGGCAAAGAUCGAUCAUAUGAUCAAACGUAUACACAACGGCCAACCUCCUGAGGAUGAAGCAGUGUAG